AUGAAAAUAAGUUACCCUUGUUUUAAAAGGUUGAUUUCUGUUUUUGUGAAAGGUUUUGAGACCCAGACAGAUCUUGGAGAUGUACAACCAAUUAUAGACAAAGAUACAACAGCAAACUUUUCUUUAGAUCAGGUGCUAGAGUUUAGUUAUGAAGGGUCUGGAAGUUUAGCUGGAUCAUUAAGCAGUAUAGAGUCUGGAGUGAGAAGUGUGGAUUUAUCAGCUGAGUUUAAUGCUCUAGGAUACAGGUUUAAAAAGCUGGCAGACAUGUUUAAAGAUGAUUCAGAUUCUGAAGAAGAAUAUUCUAAUGGUGAAGUAGAGGUCUGAUGUUUAUAAAAGACUUGACAAUCUUGAAGUGAGCAAAGUCAAUAGUAAAGUUAACCAGUCAAAGUUAUAUGUUGUGAAUAAAAGAAGUGUAUAUACAAAAGUAUGUAGACUUUAUUUCAGGAGACCUUUCCUUUUAAAUAAUGGCAGAAUAAAAACAAAAACAUUUAAAUUUUUUUAUUCAGUAAAAAAAGAAAAAUAUUGUCGUUUUUUUCAGAAAUUUUUAAAAUUCAGACAAUUUCUUUAUUUCUUAUGUUGCAUUCAGACCGUAUUGCAUUUUAGAAACCACCAAUGGGAAUAGACAAUUAUCAGACAGAAACACUUUAACUCUAAGUUAUGUGGACUCUAUAAAAUACAAUUCAAUAGAUAAAAUGUAUUAAAACAGCUGUAAUAUAUAUCCAGGGUUUCCACUGAGGGCAAAUUUUUACAAUUUGCGAUAAUUUGUCAACAAACUGCACAUACUUUUCUCUAAAUUGAAAUUUUACGGAAUCAAGAAUCCCAUCUUAUUCAUGCGCAAAUAAUGUUUGCAAAUUAUGUUUGCAAACUGGGUUUGCAAAUUAGGUUUUCAAAUUAGGUUUGCAAACUAGGUUUGCAAAUUAGGUUUGCAAAUUUUGUUUGCAAAUUGGGUUUGCAAAUUAGGUUUGCAAAUUAGGUUGCAAAUUAGGUUUGCAAACUAGGUUUACAAAUUAGGUUUGCAAACUAGGUUUACAAAUUAGGUUUGCAAAUUAGGUUUGCAAAUUAGGUUUGCAAAUUAGGUUUGCAAAUUAGGUUUGCAAAUUAGGUUUGCAAAUUAGGUUGCAAAUUAGGUUUGCAAAUUGCGUGAAAUUGACCUUUAUUUUUAUUAUCUCUGCGCAGUUUCCGUUGAACGAACCAGUUUUGUUGUAAAAUAUAUUAAUUAUUUUUCUUUUUAUCUUUUGGGUGAAAUAUUCUCUAUCUAGGUGUUUGCACACAUUUUACAGUAGUAGUAGUAGAUUUAAAUUGAAAACUAACCAAAUUAUAACUAAAAUCAUUAUACAACCUUGUUUUUUCGUGCGUAAAUUUCAUUAAAUUCAAUCCAUUAAAUUCAUUAAAUUCCGUAUUUGAUUGAACAGCCUAAAUAAUGUGGAAUUUUUCAACGCAAAAAUGCCAAAAAAUGCGCACUUUGCAGCGGAAAUGAAUAUUUGCACGCAAAAUUUUGUAAAUUCUGCUUAAAACCCUUAAUAUAUCCAAGUGUAAAGAAAGUAUUCUGAAGAAAUGAAUUUGAUAAAAUUGUCAGAGGAAUUUGUCAAGAUCUAUUUUUCAUCUUCAGACUGUUAAAGAUUUGUCAUUUAUAAAUUAAAUGUCAGAUAUCUUUCUUCAGAUCAGGUUUAAUCCAAAAUUUGAAUAUUGAUUUUAUAUUUAAUUCUUUUUUAUGUUUAAGAGAAAUAUAUUAAAUAAGUUGCCUGUGUUAAACUAAUGUUAAAAUCAGAAAUAUAAACAAUAAAACUG